UCUAACACACACGUGCCAGAGUUCCUUCCCUCGUGCCUGUCUUCCACCUUUCCUUUCUUCCAUCCAUCCCCCCGACUUUUUACCUAGACAGUUUGAUGUGAGUUUCAGAAAGUGUACCGAUUCCAGCCUCCACCGUUAGAGAGUUUACUUGUCAAGGAAAGGGAAAUCUGAAUUUGUUUUUUACUUCAAUUCAACAAAGCCGUUACAGAAUUAUCCUUCUUGGACAAUUAUUGAAACUUGGUAGAAAGUAACUCGUUUUUUGAAAGGCGAUCAAGCGUUGACCUGAGGGAAAGUAAUCGUACUACAACCUUAUCCAUAAGUUCUCAUGUAUUAGUUUUUGAAUCCCAGGCGGUUUACAGCUUUAUGGUUUUAUACUAUACCUAUUAAGUAUCAAGUGUCACAGUAACAUUGCAUUUGAAGACCGGUGAUACAUAAUGUUACACAUUGAAGUCUUAGUUCAAUAGUAUUUAAACAUGAGUCUCACUGAACUCUCUAUAUUGAGUGGUGCUAUCAAUUUUCUGAAUUGAAGUCGGAUAUUUGUCAAGAUCUUCUGUGUAACAAGGAAAAAGUCUAAACCCAACUGGAAUACAUUGUAGUAAGUGUGUCCAGCUCCAACACCAAACUGACGUUCACACAUCCUUUAGUGCCAGGGCAGGUGUGGAUCCAGGCCCUCAACUGGAUCUAGGGUGUGGAGACAUCCUAGUUUAAAAACAAUCCAAUCUAUCGUGUAUUGAUAUCAACAACAGUAUCUAGAACAUCCUUCAAGCAAGUGUUUGUGUACAUUUCCACGAGUUCAAUCCAAAGUGUGCUCACAUUUGAAAGAGCCAUGUUUGUCUCCAAUAUGUGGGCCAUGCCCUUUGAGGAUGGAUUCGCAUAUUGUGAAUACGGUGCCCUGCGCGCCCCACCUAUUCAGUUCCCGCCCCUGACGGAGCUCCCAGACAUGGCAGAGACAAGUAUCAUCCUGACGAACGGCCCCAGCACUAACCACUUGCACCAUCAACAUCAUCAUUUGAACAACAACAGUCUGAACAGUGGAACUCCCAACGGCAGUAUGGUACAAGACGGAACGAAUACAGCGACUUCCACAAUACUUACUGUUAGGAUGAUUAUGCAGGGAAAGGAAGUGGGAAGCAUUAUUGGAAAGAAAGGAGAUAACAUCAAGAAAUUUAGAGAAGAUAGUGGUGCCAAAAUCAACAUUUCUGACGGUUCCUGUCCUGAGAGAAUAGUGACUAUCACUGGAUCAACAGAUAACAUCCACAGAGCUUUUGGAUUUAUUUGUAAAAAAUUUGAAGAGGACCUUCAGAACACUCCCACCACCCCCAAACCCCCGGUAACGCUCCGUCUUGUUGUACCAGCUAGUCAAUGUGGUUCUUUGAUUGGAAAACAAGGUUGCAAGAUCAAAGAGAUUAGAGAAUCUACAGGUGCGUCCAUUCAAGUAGCAAGUGAGAUGUUACCGAAUUCUACUGAACGGGCAGUCACAGUCUCAGGCACAGCUGACGCUAUAACACAAUGUAUUAAAUAUGUCUGUGGUAUCAUGCUGGAGUCCCCGCCAAAGGGAGCUAAUCUUCCUUACAGGCCCAAACCUCUGCUUUCUCCAGUGUAUAUCUCAGGAAGUCAAGGUUUCACUGUCCCUGCUAGCCUCCCUUCCCUUCCUGGCCAAGAUGUGUGUAUGGUUAGUAACAACAUGUAUCCAAGGACAAUAGACCUUUACAAUCUUCCAAAAGGAUUCCAUCACCCUGUACAGAUGGCACAUGCCAUUCCCAUGGUAUCAUCUGCCCAGCAUGUACUCCCUGGAAGCCUUGUUCCUGUCAAUGGUCUAGGCCCCGCGGCCCUUCCACAUAUGUGGCCUGGUCCAUUGCCCCAACCACAACCACCACCUUGCCUCAGUAAGGAGUUUUUUCGCCCUCUUCAGAUUAUGGGUUUAGGUCCUAGUCUUCAGUAUACACCUAGAGCAGGUAAUCCUGCACCUCAACAGGCUAUCACAAAUCUAAGUCAACAAGCACAGGAAAUGAACAUACCAAAUGAUCUCAUUGGAUGCAUCAUAGGCAGAGGUGGACAAAAAAUUAAUGAGAUUAGGCAAGUAUCUGGUGCAAACAUAAAAAUUUCCAAUGCAGAAGAUGGAUCAUCAGACCGAAAAGUAACAAUCACUGGAAGCCCAGAAUGUAUUGGACUAGCCCAGUACCUAAUCAGCACUAGCAUGGAAUUGCAUAAGACUUUGACCCUUGACCCUGCCUCGUUGCCCCCUGUGUCGUCUAUGGCUGGCCCCCUGCCUCAAUUACCUCCCCACCCCAUGGCCAUGACUGUUGUCAAAUCCCUACCACCUCCGAGCAUGCUGGGAUUGAACAGCAUGGCCAGCCUGAAUGGUAUGGGCCAGCUGGUCGACCCUGCCUCCAUCGGUGCUCAGGGACCACCAUCUUCAAUAUCACUAGCUUGUUCGUUGCCCACACCAUCAGCUAUGACAGGUGGGAAGCCACUUCAAACCAAAAUGAGGGUGGGACUUACAGCUACAUCAGCAUUCAAGGCAGCGGAACGGCCCAAGUUCUCUCCCUACUGACUAGACCCAUAUUUUCAAAUGUAAAUUUACUUUAGUUGCAAACCCUUUUGUUUAUUGUAUACAUAUUCCUAGAUUUUAAAACUAUUUCAGUAAAACAAUAUCAAGGUUAAAAAAAACAACUAAUGAAACAACAACAUCGUUUAAAAAUUUUUGAUCUAAUAAAAUUUGAAAUCUAGGAACUAUGUUUGAAAAGUCUGUAAUUCCAUUUUUCUACACCUGCAUAGCACAUUUAUAGUCAACGUUUGUAUAUUGUUUAAUGUAUAAGCAUUUCUUGAUUGUCUGCAAAAGAUAGUCAAUAUUGCAAACACCUAAUUCAAAAUGAUAAAAUGACAUACAUUUUUUUUUAUAAAUUAGUAUAAAAGGAAUCAAUAACAUAGCAAUAAAAUUGUUUUAUAGAAAUUGUGCAAUUAAUUCUUAAUGUUUUGUUCUUAUUUUAUUUUUUAUUUUAAAAUUGUCUAUAUAUAUAUACUAUAAUAAAAUAGUGAUAGCAAAUUUGGAAUGUGAUUCAUAAUGUUCAAACUACUGUAGUAUUGUUAUGUACUUCCUUGAACUUAAUAUUUAGUACUUGAAGCAAUAUUUUGUAAUUUGAUACCAUCAACAUUUGUUGAUAAUAAUUUGUGAUUGAAAAAGUUCUUUUUUACUACACUGCUUUUUAAUUGAACUCAAGUAGUAGGGUUUAAUUAAUUUAGUUAACCUAAAAUUUAACUAAAUUUAAUUGACUGAAGAGUAUUUCUCGUAUUAUACCCAUAUCACAGCAAUAUGUCUGAUAUUACCUUGUAACAAUUUCUAUUUUUAAAAAAUAACUAAAUAAAUGGAUUUUUGAAAAUAUUUACAUAUAUUAAUGUUUAACUUAACAUCUAGGUCUAGCUAGAUUGUUCUAGUAGGAAUAUUGUUUACACAUGUAUACACUGUCAGAUAUUUCAGUAGAUUUUAUUUCAUUAUUUCCUUGUUAUGCUUCAAUGGGAUAAAUAGAUGCAUUGCUGACAAAGUCCAUACCUUUAUAUAUGUGAUGUGAUGUUCCACCACAACCUUCUGUGAAUAGAGUCAGUUUUUUUUUGUAUUUAAAAAGAAAAGAGUUCUUUUAUUUUCAAAAUGUUCCAUGUAUAUAGUUGAUCAGUAUCAAGUAAAUAAAUUUAAUAUUUUAUUUUACAACUAUUUAUAUGUAAUGGCUUUAGAUGAAUAUGGAAGUCAUAAAAUGGUGUGAUUCUAAAAAUGGUGUGUUUGUGAAUAUUGUUAAAAUAGAUUUUGCUUGGAAUAAAAUAAAAUACUCAUACUUUAAUUUGUUUUAGUAACAUAGCAUUACAUAGCAUUAAAGUCAAUUACAUUCAUUGUUAAGUAUGAAUUAUGUAAUCCAGAUAUUUUUUGGUUGUUGUUUUUCUUUCCUUUCAGUUCAAUCAUUUAUUUGUUGCUUCCAUUCUUCCAUGGUAGUAGAUCAUAACAAGACAUCCUUGGCAAAUGUUGAUUGUGAAUGUUUGUCCUAGUUGUGAGGUGUUCUGUGGUUUUUGAGUGCAUGUUUCAUUGUAUGGUGUUUAAUUGAAUGAAACAUUCUGAUCCUGAAUCCCUAAUUGUCACAAUUUGAAAACUUUGGUGAAAAUAUUUCAGUAUACUUUACACAUGGACUGUUCAAUGAUGAAAAGAUUAACAUGUGUCUGCUGUCCAACAAAUGUAGUAGGCAGCAACCAAUGGCGUGUAAUGUUAGUUUUUACUUGGGUAAAUUAUUCAUUUGAUAUUGUUUAAAAUCUAGUCCAGUCAUUGUCCAAACUUACAGUAUUUUCAACAAAUAUUAGCAUUUUUAUUGUAUUCAUUUUGUUAUGAUUGAAGUUUGUUUUAUCUAAUCAGAUAAGUAUUCACACACAAAUGUUAUUUGCACAACUAAGUAAAAAGAAUUUCAUUUCUAAUAGAUUAAAUCAAUUCUAAAAUAGAGGCUUGAUUGUUUUGUAGUUUUGUAAUGUUUGUUUUUACUCAAUUGUGAUUUAGGCCCACAGGAAAUGAUUGAGGGAAAUUUAUUCAACAUUGACUCACAUUUUCCCCCCCCCCCUCCUCCCAUAAGUCAUCAAGACAAUAGCAAGUUUGAAUGUGUGCAGCACAUGUGUUCAGAGUUUCACCCUAAAUGUAAAUAAAUGACUGAAGUGAAAUGAACAAUGUCACAAAGCAAUUCCUUGCACCUUCAUGUGAUUUCUAUUAAUGAAACUACUUGAACCCACCAAUACAUUGAAAUGUUCAUGCUAUAUUACUUGUACAUCCAUUGCCAUAACAAUGUUGACAAGAACUAUUUUUAUAGCAUUAUUCAAGCAUUUUAACAAUUAUUCUAUUUUAUUUGAAGUAUGGUAUUUCAUCAUGUCCUUUUUUCCUUUUAACUUGCCAAAUAAUAAAAUAAUUUCCAAAAAAAUUCUUUUAUUGAUGGUUAGCUAGUUAACCAUUGCUGCUUUCAAUUCUUAUUGCCAAAAACCUAAGGAAAUAAUGAAUCUUAGUAAUAAUACCCAAAUCUUGUUUGAGGUGGAGACUAUUUAGUUAGCUGAAGGAGCUGGAAGAUAAGUCAUCCAAUAGUGAAGGAAAAAAUAUUCUAGAAUGAGUUUGAAAGAAUCCCACUUAUUUUGUCAUGUAGAUUUAAAAAUAAAUUCUUUCUUGGACCAAAAAUGCUAAUAAUUCAUACGUUAUAGUCUAGUUUUUGAAGAUUUAAUAAAGUACAGCAAUUUCUAUCCCAUAAUGUCAUUGUUUCUAUUUAUAUAUAUAUAAACUGACUGACUUCAUCAUUGUAAUUUGUUUUGUGUUCUAUUGAUUAAUUGCAUUGAUAAAUUGUAUAACAUUUAUUUCCCCAUUUAGUCCUACAUACAUAUCUUUGUUUAAUUUGCUUAUUUAAUAACAAAGAUAUAUUUUUGUAAUCCCUGUAUGUCUAUCUAUCUGGGUUGAUUCAAGAAUGUUUAUAAGGAUUAAGAUGACCUUCUAUGUACUGAUUUCAAUAGAUCUAUUUUCUGCAUGUAUUUCAACAUCUUGUACUUAGCAACAGACUGAUUAGUGUAUCUGCACAAUUUAUAUAUUUCUGACUACAAAGUGCAACAUUGAUAAUGAAUAGUUAAUUGGGCUGACAUAUUACACACAAUCUAUAGCUUACUGUUGACAAUGUACACAGUGCAAUUAGUUUGUGCCAUAAUGGAAAAUAAGAGUUGCCUGUGACUUAUGUUGUACAACAAACUGGACAACUUUGAACAAAAUUGGCUGUGAAAAAAAUAUUUUGAAGCCAAAUGCAUGGUUGUAUUUGUUUCUGUUAGCCUUUUUUUUUUUGUCCCUGAAACCCUUUCAAGUGUUUAUGAAUUAUAAGACUCUAUGAUGCUAAUGCUAGUGACAACACUUCUGCUCUUGUUCAUUAUGUAGUACUGGGUACAACAAUCUUCAUUCUGCACUUAUUAGUACUGGCGUCAAUUAGAAAUGUAUGUUUUUAUUUCUUCCUCUUUGUCCAGAUUUAGCUACCACUGUUUGACAACAUGCCUUAAACAGUGAUUGCAUUGUUCCACUUUCUCUUAGCAUGGAAACAUCUGUAUUACCUUAGAUGAUACAUUAGAAAGGUAGAUUAACUAAGUCUACUUUAGAGAUUAUCAUCAGGUCAAUGCAUAUUUAGGGGAAUGUGUUUCUUCUCCAAAAUGUAACCUAUGAAAAGUAUUUAUUUAGAGGUCAAGUGAAAGUAAUACCUUACAUUUGUGUUGGUUGAAGAUCUAUUAUUUACCUUGUUCACUACAUUUGUGGCUUAUUAAAUUCUCUGGAUAGCCAAGUGCACAUUAGUCUGCACAUUGUCUUUCCCUCAGAAAAAGGUUGUGAUUUUUUUCCUUCUUAAGUUAAACUUACAAAGAAAAGAAAAGAAUAUUUAAAAAGGUAUAAAUCUAAUUAUUUACACUAUUGUAUAGUUCAACAAUUUUUGUUGUAUUCAAUGUGAAUUUCCUUGUGACUUUCUCUCCAUGUGCCCUUGAUUGUGUGCUUAAAAGACAGUAAAUGCACUGUAUAUUUUUUUAAGUUUGCAAGGUACAACUUUACAGCGAAUAUAUUCUUAUAUAUAUUACAACUUAUUUUCCCCCAUGCAUUUCAUACAUUUUUUGACUUUUAUUGAGUCCCUUUAUAGAGAGAGUGUAGUUGAAAGUAACGGUAAUUCUAAUUGCAUUCAAUAAACAAUAUUUUGCUCAAAAGACAUUCUUCACCCAAUUCUCUAACUAAUGAAGGUCUGAAAUAGCUAGGACAUUGUGUUUCAAGUAUUAAUCUCUAGAGUUUGGUAGAAUAGGUCUACAAAUAACUUGAAAUACAUUUUCUAGAUAUUCCAUUUUGUCAUGAUGUGACUAAACUAAAUCUAUCGAACCAGAAUCCGAAAAUCUUUAUAUUAUUACAAAAGGGUUAAAAAAAAACCUAACCAUUUUGGAGAAAUUUCAUUGGUAAAUGUAGCCUACCAGUCUCAAGGUUAUUAUCUACUCACAAAGACUGUUUUUUUCUUUUGAUAAUUUAAAGGUACAAAAAUGAUGAUAUGCUGACAUAGUCCUGCUGUGUACUCUAUUAUGCUGAUGGAAGGUGUGAUUUUACAAUUGUGAUUUUUUUUCAAUGUAAAAGUAUAAAUACAAUUUUAUUUUCUUAUUCAUUCAAUGUUUUGGUAAAUGAUGAAGUAAAUCAGUGUUAUGGAGACCAAUUGAUCAUUGACACUAUAGAGUCAGCCAUUUAACUCUCCAGUAUAGGUAGAUUUUGAUAAGCCAAUUACUGGAGUUCUGUAUAUUGACCACAUAUUAUGUAGGGGUUAAAUCUGAUGACAUUGUCAACAAGAGUUUUGGUAUUUGUGUCCUAUUUUAAGAUUCAUUUCAAAUAUCCAAAUAUUUACUCACAAUUAUGGAACUAAAUCCAUCCAAAUUUUUACUAUCUACUACUACUGUACUUGAGCCAGUACACUACUGGUGAUCAAAUGUCACCUAAAUUGUGGAUUAUUGAUGUUACCUUCUAUUUUGAGACAAUUCCUAAAUUCAUUGGACUCCAUAGAGUGUGUGAUACAUUCAUUCAUGCAUGACAAGAUUCUAUGAAUGCAUUGAAGAAUGGGAAAUAAACAGUUUCAAUUUUA